AUGGAGAAGGUGGCCAUGGCCCCUCUCCCUGGCGUUGCGCGCCAACCUCCCGAGUGCGGCGACUUUGGUCGAAAUUUCAACCGGACACAGACAUCGAUGUCAAAGGGAUUCUCGUUCUCAUGCUCGUCGUCGUCGCACUAUCCUACACCCCACUACAUGAAUCUGCCGAGUUUUCUGCCCCACCAAGAUCACCCCUGUCCUCCCUGUCAGCUUGAGGAAGCGCGCGUGAAGGCCGACAAGGCAGCCAUGGCGGCCGCUGUCGCCGAAUACCCUCACCUGACCGAAGAGAUGUUGGUCAAAGAUGGAAGGACUUGGGAGGAUUGUCAAACGAAGCCAACGCUCGAAGAGUACGUGGAAGAGAAACGGUCCGAUGAAAGACAAAUGUGGCUCCAUGUGACGAGGAAAUGGACGCAGGAUUUGAAGAAGGCGCGCGUCCUGGUCGCGGAAGAAGAUGGUCUAGGCCUGCUGGGGUAG